UGUUGCAGAUGCAUGAUGGGAAACGUGUCUCCUGUUGCUCUCCUGUGUUCUUUUUCCUUUUUUCCCUCCUUCAUUUUAUAGCGAGAACAACGCUUUACUGACUCAACAACACGUUCCCAUUUUUGAGCUGCAAUCUUUCACUAAGUUUUCAAAGGUGAUCUUUAGUAGCCAUGGCUCGUACCAAGCAGACUGCCCGUAAGUCCACUGGAGGCAAAGCCCCCCGUAAACAGCUGGCCACCAAGGCUGCUCGCAAGAGCGCCCCGUCCACUGGUGGCGUCAAGAAGCCCCAUCGCUACAGGCCUGGCACUGUGGCUCUGCGUGAGAUUCGUCGUUAUCAGAAGUCUACUGAGCUGCUGAUCCGCAAGCUGCCCUUCCAGCGCCUGGUGAGAGAAAUCGCCCAGGACUUCAAGACUGACCUGCGUUUCCAGAGUGCAGCCAUCGGAGCUCUGCAGGAGGCCAGCGAGGCCUACCUGGUGGGCCUGUUUGAGGACACCAACCUGUGCGCCAUCCACGCCAAGCGUGUCACCAUCAUGCCCAAAGACAUCCAGCUGGCACGCCGUAUCCGCGGGGAACGCGCUUAAAACGUUUUCUUUGUUGUUCUAUCUGUCUAUCUCUCGUCCUGUCGCCACUCUUUCCUCCCUCUAUACUUAGUUGGUAGUUUGGUUUGAGGUCCUAUCUAUAUAUCAUAUGAUUGUGAUAACCGUAAAAUGUGUGAUCAUGUCUUCUUUGGUGCUACUAGUAGCAGAGUUUCUUUAGAGAUAUCUUCAUGUACGUUUGAAACUUUGAAUUACACUCCUCACGUAUAACUAGCUCACAGGAACGCUGGUUCUCUCAUGCAGAAGGUCUUUGAAAGUGAUAAAGAAUAGUGUGAUCUGGAAUCAGCAUAUAGGAAGUUGCAUUAAGAUUAAGACAUUUUCAUCUUCAGACGGAUAUAUACAUUGAUAUAAUGGGUCUUCUGUUUUUUUUCUAUUAUUUUUGAUAGAUUUGUUGUAAAAGUAGUGAUUUUUCUUUCUUUCUUUUUUACAAUAUUGGGUGUAUUUCUACUGUUAGUGUUUAAUGUAUCAAAAAACAAGUUUGAUUCUGGUUGUCAGUUAGAAACGUCAUUGUGCUAUGAUGACACUGCAUUUUUGGCAGAAUACAAGCGGCGUAUAUGUAGCAGACCUGCGGCGAUCAUACUUUGAUUUCCAGCCACGUUAUUAUGUCCAGGUAAUGUUUUGACUUUUUGUUUCUCUCUCAGGUUGAUAUGAUAACCUAAUUUUUUUUCUACUGUGUUUUUGAUUUUAUGUUUUCAGU